AUGAGCAACAAACGUCCCUGCCCUUCCGGGGCGGCUGCCGCUAUUGCCAAGGGUGAUAAGAUGCCGGAUGUGACUUUGGACAAAGGCUUUCCUCCCCAGAAAGUGCCUGGCUACCUCGCUAAACAAUCUGAACUGAAAGCCAAGGGCGUUACUGAUGUCAUUGUUUACUGCGUGAACGAUUGUGCCGUCAUGGAUGCAUGGGGAAGGGACCUUAAGAUUGAGGGCUCCAUGCUCUCCUUCUAUGGAGACAGUGCUUCUCUCCUCACCAAAGAAAUCGGAAUGGAGCUCACCGACUCUCGAGUGAUGGCAGCUCUGGGAAAUCCCCGUUGCAAGAGGCAUGCCAUCAUCGUGGACGAUAUGGAAGUGAAGGAAGUCUUUGUCGCAGCAGCCGAGGACGAUCCUGCUGGAGGUGCCAAGCUUCCAAACGUGGUCUUGGACAAGGGCUUCCCACCAAAGAAGGUGCCACUCACCGAGAUUAUCGGGGGCAAGAAGGUGGUGAUGGUGGGUCUUCCCGGUGGCGUCUCUGAUGUCAUUGUGUACUGUGUGAAUGACUCCGCAGUGAUGGAUGCGUGGGCAAAGGAUCAAAAAGUGGACGGCUCCAUGCUCUCCUUCUACGGAGACAGUGCUUCUCUCCUCACCAAAGAAAUCGGAAUGGAGCUCACCGACUCUCGAGUGAUGGCAGCUCUGGGAAAUCCCCGUUGCAAGAGGCAUGCCAUCAUCGUGGACGAUAUGGAAGUCAAGGAAGUCUUUGUCGCAGCAGCCGAGGACGAUCCUGCAGGAGAUGGGAAGCCAGAGAGCACUUUCGUGGAAAACGUUUUGAAACAUUUGUAG